UGUCGUGUCUCUCUCUUAACCCAAAUCCAUAUGGCCCAUCUACUAAAAAACCAUCGUCUAAAAUCUGGCUGUCUAAGAGCCUUCGACUACACAACAUUCGACGAUUUAGAGCAGAUUCAAAAAAAAGAAAUCGGUGUAUCUUCACAACAGCGGUUGUCAGCCGGACACGGGGCUCCAAAGAACGAGACAUCAUGUAAGUCGGGAUGA